GGGUGUCACGAUAAUCGUGAGAGCCACUCCACUGCCCCAAGGAGAAAAUAAAAGGUUUGGCUUUGCGGAGAUAGUGACUAAGUGUAGUUAUCAAUCCGUAUACAAUAGAUAAAAAUUAACGAAACCUGUUUUAAGCAAACCGCAAAUCUGUUAGAAAUGUGUCAAUUUAUUCGUACAAAUCAUGCACGCAGUAAAUAAUCAAAUAAAAAUGCAAAAGCCCUAAGAUUUUUGAAGGUUUAUCCCCCCAGCAACAAUAUGCUGGCACGGAAACUGUUAUCGCAAUACCAGCUGUGGCAUCCGCUUUUAUGUUGUUUGUUUUUCUUCAACCGUAUUGCGUCGCGUGUAGGUAGACAGAACGUCUCACAUUUGAAAAAAAAAAUUAUUUCAAUAUGCGAUUUACAAUUGGCUUUUGGCAGGUUUAAACUUUACUGGGAUUUCUCUUUGGAUGUAAUGCCAAAAUGGUCAGUUGCCAAGGAAACAUUUUCUUUUUUCGGUGAAAACAUUAGUAUUCUAGGCGGGUAAGUUAAAAGGUUCAUGUCAGUCAACUGGCUUAGGAACAUGCAAAUGCCAAAAGGAAAUGCACGUCAUUGGGUGGUAGUUUUGUUAUUUUGUCGACACAACCAGCCUAAAAAGGACCUAUAGCAGGGGCUUGGAUAAGGUGAUCGUUUAUUACUUCAUAUACUUACUGUUGGAAAAUAGAUCCACCUGUUGCUUUCAUGUACAUUUUUAUUCAUAGUUUGAAAAAUUGAAUGGACGCGUGUGCACCUCAGCGUCUUGCUUGGAAUUAAUGCCCGAAGAGCCUUUGAGCGUAUCGUUUUUUAUAAACGCAUGAUUUAAACGGAUGUUUUUUGUGAUUUUUGGUUACACAAUUUUGUGGGUAGGGUCUACUGUAACAAUUUCCCUGCAUCCGUCAGGAAAUAUUUUUAGAAAUAAACAAAAUUGCCGACUGUUUAGCCUUGGGUUAAAGAGGAGGGGCUACGUAUGGGGGGGCUUUUGGAUAUGGCGCAACUUUCAGACUUUGGCUUGAGUCAAACAGCUCUGUGCUUGUAGUUGGGAUUUUUGUCCCGUGUCAGUGUGGUUGUGUAUUAACAGUCUGAACAGAAACGUGGUGCUACGGUGGUUGUUACUUUCAUCUUUUGUUUAAGAAUUAUUCAUGAUCUCCUUCUCGGUUCACUAUGACCAUCACUUAUACAGCACAAGUUGCAACUUGCACAGGGCUUGGAUGUUUUUGGAAACUACUUUUCUGUUGGAAAGGCUCGAUUUAUAAGCUACUAUGGCCAAAUCUGGCUGUUUACAUUCUCCUGUACUAUUCGUUGUACUUUGUCUACCUUUUUGCUUUGGAUGAACCAGGACAGUUACAAUUUGAGAAGAUAGCCAAACAUUGCUUAGAGUAUUCUGAUCUCAUCCCAUUGUCGUUCGUCCUUGGCUUUUAUGUCAAUCUAGUAGUGAAGCGAUGGUGGGAAAUGUUCCAGGCCAUCCCUGGAACUGAUACUCUUGCAAUAUUUAUAUCCAACUCGAUUCCCGGUCAGGACGAGCGGUGUCGAAUGAUGCGACGCACUAUCAUGCGGUACGUCAAUCUUUCAUACGUCAUGAUAUUGUCAAUGGUCUCAACGCGGGUCAAAAAACGAUUCCCAACGCUCGAUCACCUUGUUGAAGCUGGUAUACUGUUGCCCAACGAAAAGAAAAUCUUUGAUGACCUUAACGCUCGCUCGCGUUAUAGUAAGUUUUGGAUGCCACUCGUUUGGGCUGGAUCGAUCGUCACAAGAGCCCGCAGGGAAGGGCGGAUACGUGAUGAUUUUGCUGUCAAAACUAUACUCGAUGAACUGUGUUCCUUCCGGUCCAAGUGCGGUGCGCUUAAUGGUUACGACUGGGUUCCUGUUCCGUUGGUUUACACUCAGGUUGUAACGUUGGCAGUUUAUACUUUCUUUAUGGCCACGCUAAUGGGUCGCCAACUAGUUGGCGAGCAGAAAGACUUGUACGUCCCGGUAUUUGCAUUUCUCCAGUUUUUCUUUUACAUGGGUUGGCUUAAAGUGGCCGAAAGUUUGGUCAACCCGUUUGGCGAAGACGACGACGAUUUUGAAACCAACUGGUUAAUUGAUCGAAAUCUUCAGGUAUCUUACUUGAUCGUUGAUGAAAUGCACAACGAGCAUCCGGAACUACUACGCGAUCAGUACUGGGAUGAAAUGCCGCAAGAACUGCCACAUACGAUUGCAUCUCAGGCUUUCCGCACGUCUCCUCAUAUGGGCUCAACGGCUCAUUUGGCGAUGACAGCUUACGAGAAAGAUAUAUUCCCUUCGUCGUCACAGCUUCACAAACUGGAUGAAGAAAGUGAAGACCAAAGUACGGAAAACGAAGGAAUCUCACCGGAAGAUGGCGGAGAGGCAGGAUUACCGGUUAAGGGACGAAGCACUAAGAAGAAAGUUCAGCGUCAAAUGUCUUUGCAGUCCGAGGCACCAAAUUCGUUCAAUAGCACAUCUCGUCUCCGAAUGUCGCACAAAGCACCAUCUGUUAUGUCUGUCUUCCAGAAAGUUUUCAAGAGAGAUAACACUAUGGGAAGCAAUGUAUCCAUCGCAUCUGGAUAUACUCGUAAACCGGGAUUUAACCGUAGUAACAGCCGGUACAGUACAACUGGAGUUAGCCGUCCACAUUCUCCGAUAGUUUUUGGACCACAGGAAGAUAUAUUCAAGAUGUCUGAUCUGAGUAUUGAUUCUGGAUCCUCAACUCCAGUUAACACUCCUAUAGGAAAUCCACCUGCCGUUAAGGAACUCCCCCCAUUAAAUCUGAAGAAAGCGAAUGAAAGGCGCAGCAAAUUUGGCAAGAAUUUGAGUGUCGAACAACCUAUGGGAUCCUUCGUUAUCUCAGACACCGAAGACGAACCGCUAAUUGCAAGCAAUGCGCCAUCUCCUGCGGCGCCUCUUACCGCAUCAGCUCAAAAUUCGCCAAUGUCAAGACACAAGCAAUUGCUAGCGGCGAAUAAAUCAAGUCCAAAACUAUUGCCGAAAUUCUCUCAUAGCCCACAGGGAUCUCCAAGGAUUACUCGGGUCCCUCCAGUAGCCUUUUUUAUGGGAUCGGAUGCAUCGCAAACUGAUCGAGCUUCCACGUCGAAAGCAGCAGCACCUCCCAAGAAAAUCCAUGUUGUACCUUUGGCCGAAGAAGAAGAGGACGGUCCCACAGAGGAGAUCACAAGUGACAUUGCUGCGAUUAUUUCAAAUGGUUCAUCUAUGCGGCCGCCUCUAGUAGUUGCAGCAAGAACGCAUAAAGACAGUCUACGUGAGGUAUCAGAGCUAGAGCCAAUCGAUGAGCAAGGCGAGCGCCAUGAGUCAACUUCGGUUGAAUCAGUUUCAAUUGAAGAAAAGCAGGAGGAUAAAUAAUGUAACUUAGCUUAUCAUAACUGCCAUUUUAUUUAGAUGAAGAAGCAUUCCGUGUUCAUACUAAGACUUCACUUUUGCCCUACUGCCCUUACUGUACAGAUUAUGACUCCCUGAAUUAGUUAUAGUUCUCUGAAUCUUUUAUAUAUUUUUUUUUUCGUCAUGAUGGAUACCUGACACGUCAUCCGAACACAAAAAUACUCUGUUUCACCUUACCCUACAACCUGUUGAACAAACUAAGAAUCUAUGAGUUUUAAAUUAUAACAUCAUUUUAAAAGCAUUAAAUAGGUCAAAAAUCGUGCACAUAUUUUAAGAAGCUCUUCAAAAGUGCAAAGCGCAUACUGUUGAUUUUUUAUUUCGGCAUUUUUGCGGCGUUCCUAGUUUUCGUGUCUUCCAUGCUUUGAUCUAACCUUGUAUCAUGCUGGUAUGUGUUUCUAAAAGUACGUUAACACGAUCAUCUUUUCCCUAUUGUUGAAGCUUACAUAUAUAAGUUAUGUAUAUGCAUGCAUAGGAAAACUUAAGGAUUACAUACUGAAGUACGUGCAAAAACAGGAGGGAACGUACCCUUCUGAAAUCACCGUUAAGACGUCUUAUAAUUCUAUCCGUAACCCUGCGCAUUUCAAUAUUGGUUGACAAUAAAAAAUUUACCUUUC